UAAAAUCGAAAUCAUUUGGAAAUUCUUUUAAUAAAAAGAAAAAAAAAAGUAAUCGCGCAUGCGUAAUUUGUCGAAAUGUCAUUGCUUACCGGCUAUGGUGACAAGUUUUUAGGUGCAUUAGUUUACACUGAAGUGGUUCAAAGAUGAGUUCUAUUUUUUUACAUAAAUCUUUUAUCCAUUUAUUACAUAAUAAUGAUAAUAAUAAAUAGUUUAUUGAUGCAAAAUAUAUUUAUUGUUACAUAUCUAUAAAGUAUCCGAAGAAUUAUUUAUAUUUAAUAUCUGACAAAAUGUUAUUUACAUAUAAAUAAAUCAGUUGGUUUCUUUGAAGUGUUAUUUUAUUAGCUCAAAGUUCUCGAAUGAAUGAAAGUUGCAUGGAUACAACUCUCUUUAGAAGCAUACGAUUUUGGUAAAGUUUUCUUUGGAUUUUCGAUACACAUAAUCAUGGAAAAGAAAGCAUCUAUAAAAUCCACCCAAUGGAUAUUACAACCAUGGAGCCUUUUGUUUCUUAUUCUGAUUCAAUUCUUGAUACAAUUUUUAACAUCUAUCUAUCUUUAUACUUAUGUGGCACGUGUGGAAACAGAUAUUCUUAUUAUGCAAAACCAAGAGUUUUUAGAAACUGAAAAAUUGAUAAGGAGAAAACGCAGUAGUGCGUUGCCUGUGACAGAAGAUAAUAAAGUUUCAGAUCAAUCUAGAAUUUGGCAAGAGAAAGAUAUAUUAAAAGAAUCCAAAAAAGUAACUUUGUCACCCCUAGUAAAAUCAGGUUUGGCAUCUUCUCCAAUUACUCCUGUGGAACACGAUUGGGUAUGGUUAAAUGCAGAUACUCGUGUGCAGCUUGACGCAAUUGAAAAUUUCUGUCGUUCGUCAAUGAAAUAUUGUCCACCAGGAUUGCCAGGAGCACCAGGAAGUCCAGGAGCUCCUGGAGAACCAGGUCUUCCUGGAUUACGAGGAAUGACUGGUCCAAAAGGACCACCUGGUUUGACCGGUCCUCCUGGUCCUCGUGGUCCAAAAGGUGAUAUAGGGCCAUCUGGUUUUGAUGGAAGAGACGGUAUACCAGGAGAACCUGGUCUUGAUGGAAUUCCUGGACGUAGUGGUACAGAUGGACUACCUGGUAUAAAUGGUAAACCAGGACUAAAUGGAUCUCCUGGUCGGCCUGGACGUAAUGGAACAGAUGGAAGACCAGGUCAAAUGGGACCUCAAGGACCAAUUGGACCACGUGGAGAAAUGGGUCCUCCUGGUAGACCAGGCUCACCAGGACAAGAUGGCAGACCAGGGAUAACAGCCUGGAAGGUGAACAUGAAUGAUUAUAAUAUAAAUGACUUAUUAAUUCCUCCUUCUAUUUUAGAUGAUCAGAUAUUAUCUUCAACAUUAAAUUCUUCAACUGGCGUAAUUUCUGUUGAUGAGGGAACUAAUUUGCGAUUAAAAUGUGCAGCAAGUGGCAAGCCUCAACCUACUGUUCAGUGGUUUAGAAGUGACGGUGCUGUCAUUCCUAUAGGAUCUUGGCAUGUGACUUCUGUAAUUGGUCAUACAUUUAAUAUCAGUGUAGUUAACAGAGAACAUAUGGGAGAAUAUACCUGUGUAGCUGAUAAUGGAGUUCCACCUCGUGCAUUGAAAAGAGUUAAACUCGAAGUUAAAUUUUCUCCUUUCAUUCGAAUACGUAAUCAAAUGAUUCGCGUACGUAGUCAAAGUUCUGCAGUUUUAGAAUGUGAGGUCGAAGCAUUUCCAGAACCAAUUGUUUAUUGGGAGCGUGAAGAUCGUCGGCUCAAAAUAUCCGAUAAAUAUAGAUUCGAAGUUUAUGACAGAAGAGAUGCGUAUAAACUUAAAAUGCGUUUGAAGAUUAUGAAGGUAACAUCAACAGAGCAUGGUACCUAUCACUGUGUUGUUAAAAAUGAUAUUGAUACCAUUAAAGGUUCAUUUAUAGUUGAUGAUGAUGUAAAAAGCAUGGAAAAGUCAAAAAUAGGAAAACAUCAGCAUGUCACAUAUGGAAAGCCAGCACCACAACAUGUUGAUUUAGAUGAACUUUGUGCACCACAUGAAACUUGUGCUGCUUGUCCUGUAUUAAGAUGUACUUUUACAGACGUCGCUGAAUAUUUAAAUAUUCAGCCACUCAAAAAUGUCAAUUUUACUGGACUUCCACUAAGAUUAGCAGAUGGUAUAAUAGAAGCAGUAGGAAAACCAGUUUUAAAGGGCACUAUGGAUGAUCAUUAUGGAAGCUGGAUGCAUGAUGCAUCUAAAUCUGAUGGUGAUCCGGAGAAACUUUGGGUAACCCGGAAAAAUGAAACUUCUUUCAUAUUUGAAUAUAAGUCAAAGGAUCAUUUUAAAAAUGCGAGUUCAUAUCCCAUUAAAUUACCAUAUCCGUUUCAGGGAAAUGGACACGUAGUGUAUAACAAAUCUUUCUUUUAUAAUCCCAUAAAUCGAUCUUCAAUUUUUCGAUUCAAUCUCCAGUCUAUUUCUGACCAAGUAUGCAACAAAGAGUUUCCGCGAUGUGAAUUACAUCUUCCAGGAUUAUUAGUGAACACAAAGAAUUAUCUAUAUACACCGAAUCAUAAUUUUAAUUACGUUGAUUUCAAUGUUGAUGAAAAUGGAUUAUGGGUAAUAUAUGGAUUACCAUCAAAUAAUACAGUAGUAAUAAAGAUGGAUGCAACCAAUAUGAAUAUUCAGCAUGCAUGGAAUAUUAGUAUAGAUAAUCACAAAUUUGGAGAAAUGUUUAUUGCUGGAGGAGUGCUUUAUGCUGUUCAUAGCGUUACAGAAGAAACAAUGAAAAUAAGGUUGGCUUUCGAUCUUUAUAAAAAUAUUACAAUACCUGUUCAUUUAUCAUUCACGAAUCCUUAUCAUAAAACCACAGCAGUCAGCUACAACCAUAAGACAAAAGAACUUUAUACUUGGAAUAAAGGGAAUCAAUUAGCCUACCCAAUUAAAUAUCAAGGCUCUGCAAAUACCACAGCGAGAGAAGAAUUCAGAGGUACAGAAACUGGAAUCUAAGACUACUAUCGAUGCGACAUUGAAAGAUUGAUGAAAUAUAUCUAUUUUAUCCUUCAACUUUUUAUUAAUAUAUUGAUUAAAAAAAGACAAUAAAGGAAAUAAAUCUUUUCUCU